AUGGCGUUCCAUCCACAUAACCAGCCAAUCAACACAGCUCAAGCAGCUCAGUCAUCUGGAAGUGAGAAUAUGCUAGCACUUGGUCCGUCACAGUCGACUGUACCAAACUUCCAUGUCGGCGACACAUCAAAUCUUAUUUCUUAUAGAGGAUUUGAAGAUUUCUGCCCUGAGGAUGAGAUUCGCAUAAGAAGUCACGAGAUGCUUGAAAAUGAAGACAUGCAGCAUCUGCUUUGUGUAUUUAGCAUGGGCAGCCAUGGUCAUGCUUCCAGUAAUGGCAAUGAGCGGCUUCCUAGAGCAGGAGUGCUGGUUAACCUGCAUUCUACUGAAGACUGA